UAUUGAAAGUAUAAACAAAUGGACUGAAGCAUUUGAAGAGCCUGAUCCCUUGUUAAAAUUUGAACAGGCUAAUGAUAAUGAGGACUUGGAACCUGUAAUUGAAAUUGAUACACAAAAAAAUUAUAUACAAUCAUGGAGCAAAAGAAGAGUGAAUAUAUUAAACAAAUAUACAACAGGGGAAAAGUUGACAAUUGUAAGCAGUUUUUUGCCGGGUGGAGAAAAAGUUCGUUUUCAGCUCUUAUAAGACAGGUAUCAAAUUUAAAUGAGAAAGUAAAACAUAGAUUAGAACAGUUGGAUGACUUUGAUGAGGGUUCUAUCAGAAAGACUAUAGGCCUAAGUCAGCAGGAGUUUGUUGGGAAAAUUAAUAUGCUUGAUGAAGAAAUUAAAAAGGCAUGGGAAACGGAACAAAGAGUAAAAGCCUUCAAAAUAUGCAUUCAAUGCUCAAAGUUACUCUCAGACUUCAAUGUAAUGCAGUUUUAUCCGAGCAAAUUUAUAUUGAUAUGUGAUAUAUUGGACAAUUUCGGAAAUUUGGUUUUCAAUCGGUUAAAAAAUAAAAGCAAUAGUGACAGUUUAAUUAAAUCUCCAAUGGAUAUAGAUCCGGCACGAGUCCCAGAAUCAGCCAAAGAGACUUGUCAGAAUUGGAUGUUUAAAAUGGCAUCAAUAAGAGAACUACUACCUCGGUUAUAUAUGGAAAUGUCAUUGUUGAAGUGCUACGUUUUUAUUAACAAAAAUGAAAUCAAACCGGUCAUUAAAAGACUGACCACAAUGAUUAGAGGCAUCGCUAACCCAUUGGUUGCCGUUUACUUACGUGUAUAUCUAUGUAAUGUCGCGGCAAAGCUGUUGGGAAAGGAUAGUGAGGAAUUUUUCUAUGAUAAUCUUAAAGAAUUUCUUGAGGAUUAUGAACAGAUUUUCCAUCCAAUGAUGACUAAAAAAUAUGGUACACAACUGUUGACACAAGACCAAUACUUGAAUCUGUAUGAGCCAGCGGUCAACUGGUUGAUGUUCGGAACACUUAAUUAUCACAAAUCUAAACAUACACUUUUGGAGGAGUUUUUGAAUCAAUGCGAUGUGCUCGAAAAUAAGUCCAUUUCAAGUGAAUUGUUCCUGGCUUGCAUUCUAUCUUCAUUCGAAUCUCAAGAUAUUAUUGAAAAAUCCACAAGAAUAUUGGAAAUGAUACACAAAUCUGCUGAUAAAAUGGUGCUUCUAAGUCCCGUACUGGCCUCUCUGGGCGAGCACCUAUGCAAGGCAGGCAGCCACCACCGGCUGUCGUCGGAGGCGCUCAGCCAGAGCUGGUGGAAGAUCGCCAGCAACAUCAAGUCUACCAUCAGCUUCCUGCACGUCCUCGAACCCUGGCUACAGUUCGCCUGUACUCAGCUCUCUACACAACAUACCAAUAUAAUUCUGCGCGGUACAAUCCGGUUCAUGCUGAAGUGCGGCAAGCCCGCUGAGGAGUUCUCCUCAAACUUCCAUCUGGUCGUCAAGAGGAUGCUCAAGUCCAUUCCUGAUGUUGAGGAACUGUUUCUAAUGGAUGCAUUCAUGCCACUCUUGGAAUUGGUGCAAACGUCAAGCGCCCGCACGGGCAUGGCCAAGACGAUUCUAUCCGUGUUCUUCGAGAGAUGCAGCACCACCUCUAUAGAGGAUCCCGUUAUUAUCGCAAGUCUGAUGCGCCUCUGCUGCAUACUGCACGACUCUAUCAGUCUAGCAACAGUGGAUGACGAGAUAAAAGUGUGCGCGGAUCUGAUCAUAAAGUUAGUACACGCCGUGUACCACGAGGAGCCGGAGCAGCAGCUCAGCUUCUACGUCGACUGUCGCGCCGCGUUUAUUAAACUGGACGCGGUCCUCGUCGCUCUGGUUCAUGCAGUUAAUGCGCUAUCGUGCCGCGCGGGAGGCGAGGUGGGGGAGAUGGGCGAGGUGGGCGCGGCUGGUGGUGCAGGUGGGCGGGGCAGGUGGGUGCAGCGCGCGUGCGCAGCGUACUGCUGCGUGACGGCGCCGUCGCUCCGCUGCAUGUUGACGCGCGCGCACCUCUACCUGCUCAGCGGACAGGCCGCGCUGCUCAACGGAUGCAUCGGGCAGGCUGAAGCAAAUUUCAAAGCAUUGGUGGGGAUAAUACCAAACAUUCCUCAAUAUGUCAAAGAGGACGGUCAAGAUAAACCCACACAUGACAGGCUGGCCGGUCUGCUCAGCAACUUUCUCUCCACAUUGCUCAUACUUCCAGACAACGUGGACAGUAAUCGUAAAGCUUACGUACUGAGUGGUUUUAUAAAAGUUUUGGAACGAGUGCAAUGGAAGAAGACAGAUCCGCUCUAUUAUAACUUACUGCUUAAGACUUUGGACUUGCUCUGCCAUAUGACGAGAGAGAAAUACAUAUAUACCAUUGACUCUGUGAUAUCAAAUGACGAAUUAUAUGGCGCCGAAGAAGAGUUUAUCGAAUGUAUUGACAAAUACGCAACUCAUAUAUGUCAAGAAAUAUUGCUCGUGUUGAAAAUGCUAGGAGAUAACAAGGAGAUGAAGAAGCAAUACAAUUUAGGUGUGGAAUUGUUCUGGCGAGUGGUGAGACGAGGUGACCUGAGUGAACACUCCAUGUCAAGUCUGGCCGCCAACUUGUGGAUGUUGACACAAAAACUGCAAGAACACAAUAAGUAUGCGAAAUCUAUGCUAACAGCUUUAGAGGCGGACAGCAAUCCUGCUUCACGACAACUGCUGCAUAAAUUAACAAACAUCUGAAAUUAU